AUGCGAAGAGAGUUUUUAUUCCUUACAGUAUUAAUCCCUGGACCCUCCAAUCCAAAAAAGAAUAUAGAUGUAUACCUUAGGCCUCUGAUAGAUGAGUUGAAGAUGUUGAGGAGUGAAGGGGUUCUGACGUAUGAUGUAUCAUUGAGGCAGAAUUUCACGAUGCGGGUCGCCUUAAUGUGGACAAUAAAUGAUUUUCCUGCAUAUGGGAUGUUAAGUGGAUGGCAGACAUCGGGGAAACUUGCAUGUCUGGUUUGCUUAGAACGAAAUGUCGGUUUUACCUUGCAAAAUAGCCGCAAGGUUUGUUGGUUUGACACUCAUCGGAGAUUUCUGCCACACAACCAUCCGUAUAGGAAAAAUAAAAAUGCCUUCAAGAAAGGGAGAGUUGAAAGGUCAGGUGCAAUCCAUCCUUUAAGUGGCAAUGACAUAUGGGAGAGGGUGAAGCAUAUUCCAAGUGUUGAAGAGACACUCGCUUUGAAUGAAGUAGAGGGGUAUGGCGUAGAUCACCAUUGGAACAAACACAGCAUCUUUUGGGAUCUACCGUAUUGGAAAGAUCAAUUGUUAAGACAUAACCUUGAUGUAAUGCAUAUUGAGAGGAACGUGUUUUGCAAUAUUCUAUACACUGUGAUGGACACCAAAGGAUCAAUGAAGGACACUCUAAAUGCAAGACUAGAUAUAGCUAACAUUUGCGUAAGGCCGGAUUUGCGUUUGGUUGAGGACACCAGGGGAUGGACUUUCAAACCUAGAGCACCAUAUACACUGAACAAGGACAAGAAAUUAGAAUUGUUGCGCUGGGUUAAAGAUCUAAAACUCCCAGAUGGUUAUGCGUCAAAGUUGUCGAGAGAGAUUUGUGCUUCUCAGCUUAAUGCUAAAAGGUUACGGCAUCUGGAGGCAAGCGUGCCAAUAAUGCUAUGCAAGCUGGAGAUGAUAUUUCCUCCGACCUUUUUUGACUCAAUGGAACAUUUGCCUGUUCACUUGGCUUACGAGGCAAGGAUUGGAGGUUCGCAACAAUAUAGAUGGAUGUAUCCGUUCGAGAGAUUUUUAAAAACACUGAAGGAUAAGAUCAGCAAUCAAAAUUACGUUGAAGGCUCAAUUGUUGAAAAGUAUCUCAUCGAAGAGGCAAGUAAAUUUGCAUCGUACUAUUAUCCCACUGAAUACAUAUCAAGAUGGAGAGGAGCCCCUCGAAACGAUGAUGGCGGUGAUACGAGUGGUCAAAUAUCAAUAUUUAAUUAUCCAGGACGUGUCGUAGGAAUGACAAGUAAGUCAAAUCUUGAAGGAAGGGAUAAGCAAGUAGCGGAGUGGUACAUUCUAAACAACUGUUCAGAGGUUGCUCCCUACAUUGAUUGCUUCUCCAAAUGGUUCUGCUCCAAUAAUUCCAGCUGGCCAAAUUCCGAACUUGAUCAGCUCAUUUCCUCUCGGUUUCCUGUAUGGUUUCGAGAGCACUUUGUUGCGAACACAUCAGCUGCACAUGAUGUUGCAUGGAGUUUAGCUGACGGAGCUGCAACAAUUGUCAAACGGUUAAGAAAAUAUAUCAUCAAUGGUACAGGUAGCCUGGUCUACGGUACUGAGGACGACUACUAUGGGAAGCUACUUGACAUAAUUCAAUUGGAUUACAGGGGGGAAAAUAAGGUGACUUUGUUUAAGUGCCGAACAGUUUAUUAUACAUCAUACCCUACAGCCCCACAAGGGUGGAUGGCAAUUAUCAAAACCAAAGCUCGAAAUAUUAUCCCGGACUCCAAAGAGUCCCAAACAAAUGAAUUAUCUGAACCAUUUCAAGCUAAUGUGGGAGAUUUACUUCCUGUAAAUAUUGUAGAGGAUGAUGUGCCAAUCAAUCUCUUUGAUUCUGCUGCAGAGGUAGACAUGAUUCCUAUCCAUGAGGGGAAUGAGGAAUCAGAUGAUGACGAACAAGAGACUUAUUCAGAUAGUGAACCUGAAUUGGACGAAUAUGAGACUCCAGAGGAAGGCGCACAAGAAGAAGUAGAAGAACAGGAUUCAUCCGAAUGA